GUGAACUUCAAAACAGUCCACAAUGAAAUACUUGGCAAUCUGUGCUCUUCUUCUGCCCCUCGUCUAUGGCGCUGUGCUGCCACAGCUCCACUCGGAUGAUGCUGACCUGGUGCCAGACAUGUCUGUGGCCAGCUAUGCUUAUGAUUUCGACGAUAAAUUGCCGAUGCUCCGUUUCAUGAGCCCACCAGUUCAGGAUAAUGUUGACGUUGAUCUGGUGCCCGAUAUGUCUGUGGCCGCCGAUGCUGAGGAUAACGAGACUAACGCCGACGCUAAUCUAAUUCCCGAUAUGUCUGUUGCCGCCGAUGCUCACGAUGAGGUCGCCGAUAAUGCUGAUCUAGUUCCCGACAUGUCUGUUGCCGCCGAUGCUCAGGAUGAGGUCGCCGACAAUGCUGAUCUUAUUCCGGACAUGGCUGUUGCCGCCGAUUCUGAUGAAGCAGUCGCUGAUCUCGUUCCCGACAUGUCUGUUGCUGCCGAUGGUCAGGAUGCAAUCAAUGUCGAUGCCGAUCUGAUUCCCGACAUGUCCGUCGCCAGCGAUGCCGAGUAGGUCACAUGAUGUAAAUACGUCAAUCCCCUUCCGAAUCCCAUCCAAACUCCCAACUCAUUGAUAAUUUAUAACAAUGUAGUAUGUGUAUUGUAUUUUUAAGUUUUUAUCGGCAGCAUUAAUAAAUUCUAAAGGCUUUCAUUA